GUGGCAACCUGUUUUACCCGACCAGGCAAAAAACUUACGAUACUCGACUCCCUUCCACGCCGCUUUUUUGUGUGUGUGCAGCGCGUCGGUUGGUAGAAAUAUUAUUAAUUGCGGCGUAAAAGAGAUCUUAGAUCGUCCGUUUUAAAGCCAGCCGGAGGGUUUGCAGAAAUAAAUAUUGAUUUGUGGCGUAAAAUAGGUCUUCGCUGGUCCAUUACAAAGAAAGGCAAGGGACGCGGCCUCUGCGUCUACGCGUGAAAAGUUCGCUCCGUGAGAGAGAGACGGUAAAGAAGAGGCGCUAUAUAUGUUGUAUCUUCUUCAGGUUGUGUGUGUAUUGUCUGCUGUCGGUCCUCUGCUUUGAAGAAAGAAGCUUUUUACAGUGCUACGCCACUAACAUUUCAGGAUGGUGGGUGCUAAAUCAGGAACAUGGAUUUAUCCUUUCAUCUGCUUUUACUUUCUUCUGGCCUCUCUGGAAGUGGAUGCUUACGAUGUCCCCAUGACUCUUUUGCAUAGUGCAGUAGCUAAAGGAGCAGUCUGCCUGGAUGGAAGUCCCCCAGCAUAUCAUUUCUCUCCUGGGAGUGGCUCCGGAGCAAAUAACUGGUUGGUUCACAUGGAGGGAGGAGGAUGGUGCAGGAAUGUCGAAGAAUGUCUAGAGCGUAAAAAUAAUUUCAGGGGCUCCUCUAAUCAUAUGAAGCCACUUUCAUUCUCUGGCAUUUUAGGAAACAGCAAAAAAUCUAAUCCCGACUUCUAUAACUGGAACAGGAUCAAGAUUCGGUACUGUGAUGGUUCAUCGUUUACAGGAGACGUAGAAAGAGUAGAUCCUGCUACAAAUCUUCACUACAGAGGAGCCCGGGUUUGGCUCGCUAUCAUGGAAGAUCUGUUGUUAAAAGGAAUGAACAGAGCAGAAAAUGCACUUCUUUCUGGUUGUUCAGCGGGUGGAUUGGCGUCCAUCCUACACUGUGACAAAUUCCGCAGUCUUCUACCAGCAAGUGCAAAAGUUAAAUGCUUUUCAGAUGCUGGUUAUUUUAUUGAUGGGAAGGACAUUUCUGGAACGACCUCUGUCAGAUCCCUUUACAAUGAUGUUGUCAACCUUCAUGGUUCAGGAAAAAAUUUGCCAUCUUCAUGCACCUCAAGGUUAUCACCAAGCAUGUGCUUUUUCCCACAGAAUGUGGUGCCUAAAAUGAGCACGCCCCUCUUUAUACUGAACGCAGCGUAUGAUGCCUGGCAGAUCAAGAAUACUUUAGCACCAAGUUCUGCCGAUCCCCGCAAAAGUUGGAAUGCCUGCAAGCUUAAUAUAAAGAGUUGUUCGUCAGAUCAACUUGAGAAAAUGCAAGAAUUCAGGUCAGAGUUUCUGCGUGCACUGCCGGCAAGUGGCAACCCAUCUACGGGCAUGUUUAUAAUCUCAUGCUAUGCUCAUUGCCAGUCAGGGAGUCAGGACACAUGGUUAGGAGCUGAUUCCCCGAUGAUUGAUAAGAUGCCAAUUGCAAAAGCUGUGGGAGACUGGUUCUACGGGCGGAGUGUUGUUAGAAAGAUUGACUGCCCAUAUCCAUGCAACUCUUCAUGUCGCAAUCGUGUAUAUGAAUGAAUCCGCGGAAGAUUAAUGAACUUGUGGUAUUCUCACGAGAAUAAGUGCGGAAAGCAACUGCAUAAACUUUUCUUCUUAUUACAGUAUUGCUUAUUUACUUUAUUGUAUACUAUAUGACAAACAUUAUAACAUUCUGUCACCCAGCAAACCUUAUAACUUUUUUUCUUACCCACAUUUCUUGUGAGUCCUAACAGUUUGGUGAAAGUUUCAGUGACAUUUGACUUU